AUGCUCACGGCACCUUCCGGCUGGGUAGUAUUGCUGGCCUUCAUUGUGCUGACCAUUUGUGGAAACAUGCUGGUUUGUCUGGCUGUGGCCACCAGUCGGCGUCUGCACCAGAUUAGUAGCUGUUUUAUACUCUCACUGGCUGUGACAGACUUGCUGCUGGGUAUGCUGGUACUACCACUCUCUGCCAUGCUGGAAUUGCGCAAUGGGAGAUGGCCUCUCGGGGGUGUUUUUUGCAAUAUCUACAUCUCUCUGGAUGUGAUGCUCUGCAGUGCUUCAAUCCUCACUCUACUAGCCAUUAGUGUUGAUCGUUACCUUGCCAUUUCAAACCCUCUCUGCUAUCCCAGGAGGGUCACACCUCGUCGUGUGGCGAUCACUCUGACUGCGAUCUGGACGUGCUCUCUUGCUGUGUCCUUUUUGUCCAUUAACCUAGGCUGGAACACACCUGACUUCAGAGUGCAGAACCUGGACUGGGACAUGUGGGAUGAGGGAGAGGAAGGCAGGACCUGUCGCUAUGAAUGGAAUAAUAAUUAUGUGCUGCUGAAAGCCUUUCUAAUCUUCUACCUCCCCCUGCUGGUCAUGUGUGGAAUGUACCAUCGCAUUUUCUGUGUUGCACGUGAACAGGUGCGGCGUAUACGGGCAACUACUCCUUCCUCUGUGCAGUCUGCAAACACAGUUGCCACUGCUCGGGAGCACAAAGCCACAGUGACCCUGGCCGCAGUGCUUGGUGCCUUUGUCAUUUGCUGGUUCCCCUACUUUACUUACUUCACAUACAUGGGUAUGUGGGCAGAGGCCCACCCAAACAAACUGACCCACUCUAUCGUUCUUUGGUUGGGAUACCUCAACUCUGCAUUGAACCCCAUUCUUUACCCAGCCUUAAACAGGGAUUUCCGUCGGGCAUGCGGACAGCUGCUUUGCUGUAGACACAGCAAUCAGGGGCAACUGCCAUUUGUUCACCCCUUUUAAAUGAACAGAUUCAAAUUUUUUGGCACCAGUGAUUAAAAACACAAAGCUUCUGUGGCCCACCAUGAUAUCCUGCAUUUCCAGUUAAAAUGUUUGCUAGUCCUGUGCUUUCAGUACCUUCCCGUCCUGUGGCUCCCACACCAGAGCCAGCUCACAAUAUGGCUGCCACACCAUAGCACCAUGGACAUCACACCACAGUCUUCAGCCAUCACAGAUGCUAGAUGCUCCGGAGCCUGCUCCAGUCAAUGAAUUUGCGCCAGAGUCCACUCAAGUCCCAGAGCUCAGUCCUGUGUUGGUGCCAAGCUGUGAGCUUCCUGCCUGUCCUGUUUUGACCACAGUGAUCGCCAGUGAACUCUCUGCUUACCCUGUCACAUCCACGCAGAGAUGGGCAUAAAUACACGAAAUUGUAUUUAAAAUAAAAAUACAAAAUACUGUGUGGAAAAGUGUAUUUAAAUACAAAUAAGAAAUACUAUGUGGAAAAAUGUAUUUAAAGACAAUUGUGUACAGCUGCUUAGAACUUUUGUUUUCAUUUGACAUACCUCUUCCCUUCCCCUACCCUGUAGGAAAUA